AGUUGCUACUCAACAUCAGUUCCGUACGUACACUCGCAACCGGAGGAGCCAAAAAAGUAUUGUGCCGCGACCAAAAAAGCCAGGAAAACGCGUCAAGUUUGGUGGUGAGAGUGUUGUUGCAGAAUGUCGAUAAAUUGGAUGGAUCUUUGUCACUUUCUCACACUUAUAGUUCACCCAAUGUGUGUGACGUGGAGUGAAAAGUGAAUUUGCUUUUUUUUAUCUUAAAUUUAUUUUUCCUAUUCCACCCCCACAACCACCCUCGUGCGCUUCUUUGGGGCGUCCCCCUUCAAACCCAUCCCCCCCCGUCGAAGCACUUUCCUCGAGUGAAAUAGACACGGAUUUUGUGUGGCAUCUUGCCAGAGAAUUUAUAUUCUGCAAAAAUUCCUCCACAUCCACCCCAAGACACCCCCCCUUUGGUGGUGCUUCUGAGUUUUUGCACCCCUUCGGGAGCAUCGCAUAUUUGGUGUGACGCCACCGAAAAAAAGCGUCGGCGAAUAUUCGAUAGUGUAUGAGCUGUGAGGAAAAGUCAAGGAGGUGAAAAGUGAGUGGAAAUCCAUGGAAAUCCCUUCUGUGAAAUCCCUCUAAGAGCGGAAGUUACCCCCUUUAAUACACACACACAUCCCAAUAUAUAUAUAGGGAAAAAGUGAAUUUUAUCCACUCCUAAAAAGAGGAUACUUUAGUGUGGAUUGCACAUAGCACAGAAGAGUAGAGAAAGAAAAAAAUCCCGAGUAUAUAAAAGCUCGGAAAAGUGUUGUUUGGGAGGCAAAGAAGAAGCUCAGGCCCGAAUAAAAAAAACGCACGUUGAAUUUACACAGUGUUUAAGUGUAAUUGAAUUAAUUCACAGUGCUGCUGAAAGUCUUGUGUGCCUCCCGAAGCAAAAAGAUAGCGAGCUGAGAAGUACAAGAGUUGGAGUAAAUCACGAGCAAAAGUGUAAUCCGUGUGUGCGAAGUGAGUGGUGGAUGGGGUUGAUACUGAGAAUAUGCUUCGUUUCACUGAAAAUAUGGAGACAACAACGAGCUGGACUCAAGGGUACAUUCUUGUGACGAUGCUACUCUGUGCCAUACACAAAACAGCAACGACAGACACAUUCGAUGCAGCGGAUGAGAAGGAUGUCAGUCUGCAUCAAAUUGAUAAUUUUUAUGAUUCAGUGAUGGAGGUCGCAACGGAAUUGAGUGUGCCACAUCAUGAGCGACAUGGACCAUAUUUUGAUGUUUCAGCAUCCAAAAAUGUUACAGCCCUCGUGGGAAAAACCGCCCAACUCAAUUGCCGUGUACACAAUUUGGGCAACAAAACGGUUUCCUGGAUCCGACAUCGAGACAUACAUUUGCUCACAACAGGAAGAUUUACGUACACGUCAGACCUGAGAUUUCAGAGUGUGCACAAUCCACAGACUGAAGACUGGACACUUCAGAUUAGGUAUCCACAGAAGAGGGACUCAGGGGUGUACGAGUGCCAAGUCUCCACCACACCACCCAUCGGUCACUCCAUGUUUCUGUCCAUUGUUGAACCCAUUACAACAAUCAUCGGUGGUCCGGACCUAUAUGUGAAUAAGGGUUCAACGGUGAAUUUGACGUGUAUCGUCCGUCAUCUGCCAGAGCCACCCCCGGGUAUGCAGUGGACACACAAUAAUCUCGAAAUUAAUUAUGAUUCACCACGCGGGGGUGUUUCUGUAAUCACAGAAAAGGGUGAAGUCACCACAUCCUAUCUUCUCAUACAGAGAGCCAAAAGCCCGGAUUCGGGGAAGUACACUUGUCUACCAUCGAACGCCAAUCCAUUCACAGUGACUGUACACGUCUUAAAUGGUGAAUAUCCCGCUGCAAUGCAACAAGGUGGAAAGCUGAAAGUCGGUGAUCCCUGUACUGUGCUCUUCUUCGCAUUUGUCGUCAUCAAUCUCGCAAGAUGAAUGACAAAAUGCCUUUGCUGUGUGUGAGCCAAACAAUGGGAAUCAACAUAUUGUAAUUCAAUUUGUAAUAACUCAAAUCUCACCGCAUGAGUCGCAGUCACAAUUUCCCUGCAACGGAUGCGGGGGCAGAUGUUAGGAAUUUUUAAUAAUUUUCUUCUUUUCUUUUUGGGAUAAUUUUCAUUUUUUUCUCUCCUAAGAUAUUAAUAUUUUCUCCCCAUAUACCUUUUUUUCACGUCACGUGUAUUUUGUAAAACAUAUCUCAUGACAAAAAAAAAUCUUCUUCGUUCGUCUCAAUUUAAUGAAUCGUAGAAAAAAUGCAUUUUAUGUGAUUUUUGGGGAUUCCAAUUUUUUCCAUAUAAAACGUUGUUUAUUGAGGGAAAUGCUUUGGGGGCAAGUUUACUAAAAGAAAAAAAUAAGAGAAAAAUUUCUUUUUGCCAGGAGACUGUGAAUGGCAUAUGGAGUCCGUAGUGUUUAGCUAUAUAAAAAAAUGAGGAUAAAAGGAAGGGAGAAAAAGUACUAUAAUAGAAGAUGAUUUAGACAAAUAGAGAAUGGAAAAAUAAAUAUAAAAAUAAA